AUGCCUCGUUUAAAUCAGUCUCGUCAGAAACAUCAAUCCAAAACAAUGCUUCAAAGCCAGCAUAUUCCGUUCUUACAGCAAUGGCGAGGAAGAACAAGACCAUUGCUCAUUGAGCCUGAACUCAAUGUAAACCAUCCAUUGGAUUCACAGUCGAAUCAACCAGUGCUUUAUCCUACAUGGUGGGGCCAUGAAGAGCAUGUCGUUGCUUGUUCUAUCAAUGAUAGUUCGGUUCGUAUUCAACGUCGGCAUUCAGAGUUAUUUGACCGACAAUCCACUUUGAAUGCAUCUCAUGCUAUUCAUAAUGACAGUGUAACCAAUUCUGUAAAACAAGUUCAAAGAAUGAGUCUUUUAAAGAAAACUAGAUCCAAUAUUCCUGCUGGUGUUGAAACUAAACCAUUACCAAGUGAAGCAUGGGCACCAUUACCAGAUCCAAAAUCUUUUCCAAAACGCACUAUUGAUGAGUUCACACAGACCGAUACAGUCAGGAUUGUAGAUCGUGAAAUAGAUGAUUUGGUAGAUGCAUUUAAUCAGACUCGACUGCAUAGAACUUCUGCUCCAUAUCUUGGACAUACCAAUUCUAUUUAUCCGUCAUCUUGUUUUAUUGAGAGAUCUGAUAUUCGUCAUAGUGCAUCCUCUCCUAUUUUAAAAUCUGAAUCUCCCAUUCGACACGGCACUGCGGGAUACAAUACGUUCAUUCCUUUUGAUGCUCAGCAAAGUCCUACACGAGAUGUUGGUGAAGAAUCAAUGAUGACUAGACCAUCCAAGUAUGCCGACACUAGUGCAAAAAACGAUCCUCACAUACUCAAGUCUGAGCCUUUGAGUAGUCCACCAUUGACAAAAAAGAUUCAAUCGCCUGUUUCUUUUGUUGUUCCUUUGAGUCCAGUCAAUUUAUUUUCUGCCAACACAUCAUUUCACGCAUCACCAACUAAACGCCGAUCAUCUCGUCGACCCACUUCAUUGAACACAAAGAAUUCGUAUGGGAAAUAUCCUGAUCAUUCUUCAUUUAAUCGAUAUGAUCAAUCACCCCUCAGUUCAGUUGGACAUCAAUCCUUUACAUAUCCUCAGCCGUCACCCAAGAGGACAUCAAGUCCAACACGCGAUGGUUUAACUUACAGUCAAUUCGACCAUAGUAUUACACGAUCUCGAAAGUCACCUACAAGGAAUGGUGAGCAAAAUCGAUCUCUUUCCGAGAGUCGUUUUUCUCGAUCUCCGAGUCCAUUAAAAUACAGAUCUGAAAUGACCCCAUCACGGUAUACACCAACGAUAAACACAGCAGCAUCGACAUCCAAACCCUACUCUCAAGGAUCACGAAGCGUACAAAGUACUUCUUCAACUCGACAUCAUACUGAACCAGGAGUCAUGCAGUUGGUGGAUACAUUUUUAGCGAGUAGUUUUAUCCAGUUUUUAGACACAUCGGGCAUCAAUGCCAAGGUAGAUAUGACGUUUUUGGAUCAUGCGUGUAGCGAUGCAGCUAGUUUUGUUACUGCUGAUGCAUCCAUGAACGAAGUCCAUCAAAAUCUUCCAUUUUAA